AUGAACAAUAAUAGAACUGCACUUAUACCAAAAGUACACAGAGGAAAAAUAUGCAAUUAUUCAGUUAGGUUUAGUCCCUUUGAAUCAAACAAACUUGCCUUGGCAUAAGCCUAAUAUUUUGGUAUCGUUGGAGCAGGUGCAAUCAAUGAGACUGAUACAGUGACAGUAAGAGAAUGGUAAACUCCUGAGGCAGUAUAUGACGUAUGUUUCAAUGAGGGCAAUCAAAACCAGAUUUUGAGCGUUGGUGAUGAUGGAAAUGUUAGACUUUGGGAUUUGAUUAAUAAUUCUCCCAUUAGAAACUUUAAAGAGCAUACGUAAUAGGUAUUUGGAUGUGACUGGAACCAUAUAAAUAAACGCAAAUUUUUGACUGCAGCUUAUGAUAGAACAAUUAAACUUUGGGACAUUAAUAUGGUCACUGGAAGUUAGGCAACAUUCAACCAUGAAUUCGGAGUCUAUGCCGCAAUAUGGCAUCCAACUCAUGAGAGUAUAUUUGGUUCUUGUAGUGGAGACUAGACUAUUAGAGUUUGGGACAUUAGAUCAGGUAAAGAUGUAAAGAAAAUCAUGGCUCAUUCAAAUGAGGUCUUGUCUAUAGAUUUCAAUAAAUAUGAGAACUUUAUAGCAUCAUCCUCAACUGAUGGAUCUAUAAGAUUAUGGGACUUGAGAUCUACUCUUGAAUCUCCAAUUAUGGAAUUAAAAGGACAUUAAUUGGCUGUUAGAAGAAUUAAAUUUUCUCCAUAUCAUGCUAAUUUAUUAGCAAGUGCUUCAUAAUUUGAUCAUCACACUGAAUUCGUUGUUGGAUUAGAUUUUAAUCUAUUUGUUGAAAGGUAAAUUGCAACUGCAAGUUGGGAUAAAUCAUGCUCAAUAUUCAAGUAUGAUGAUAAUCCUAAGCUUUUAUUAGGAAAAUGA